AAAGACUGACAUAAGUAAGCAAGAAAAGGCGUUGCAAUUAUCAAUGCAAGCUCUAUUGAAAAAUGACUUAGAGUUACAAAAAGAAUGCACACAGUUAAGCACAUGGCUUAAUGCUUUUGAAAAAGAGAAAGAAAACAAAAGAAUGUUAAAGAUCAUUGACAAAAGUGACCAUGCUGUUUUUAAAAAAUGA